AUGAUUGGCUACUCUGAUGAUUGCGAGGAGAUGAUACUUGUUUACGAAUACAUGGCCAAUGGGACACUUGUCGAUUAUCUCUACAAAAAUAGUAGGAAAGGAAAUGGGAAUGAUAUUUCUAUCAUCUUACUUGGGAGGAGAGGCUCAAGAUUUGUAUUGGUGCUGCCCAUGAUUUGUAUUGGUGCUGCCCAUGGAUUAGACUACCUUCAUAAGGAUACGGAGAAAUGUGUCAUACACAGGGAUGUGAAGACCACAAACAUACUGUUGGACGAGAAUUGGGUAGCUAAGAUUUCAGAUUUUGGAUUGUGUAAAAUGGUAAACACAAGCCAUACACGAACCCACGUUAGUACAUAUGUUAAAGGCACAUUUGGUUAUUUUGAUCCAACGUAUUUCUUGACUCGUAGACUAACCAAGAAAUUAGAUGUGUAUGCGUUUGGUGUGGUUCUAUUUGAAGUGUUAUGUGCAAGGCCACCGGUAGAUACAAGUGUUAAGGAGGACCAAAUGAGUCUAGUCCUAUGGGUUCAAAAUUGCAUCAAAAAGAGAACCCUUGACCAUAUCAUUGAUUUCUCUUUAAAAGGACAAAUAUCACCAAAUUGUCUAAGAGUGUUUGCAGAAGUUGCUAACAAAUGUUACAUAAUUAUCCAAAAGAAAGGCCUACAAUGA